UCGAGGGGAGAUAUUGUGAUGCUGUUGGGUUGGGUGGUUUAGCUUCCCGUCCGAAGCCGCUGUGUCCCGCUGUAAUCCGGGGUUGCUUAUCGCACAAACAGAAGGUGGGUGACGACUCAUGUGAUGUUGCAGCGACCUCGACGUCCGUCCGUUCACAGAAAAUAUUAUAAAUAUUAAGUAAUUGAUUCUCUUUCAAUGCGACUGUAACCCCGAGGAAUGAAUAAAGCUGGCAGUCGAAUAUGAUAAAGGGAUAAAGUAGUAGAACAGCAUCACGUGACCAUACCUUUCAAGUCGCGUUCUACGUGGCCGCUGUUCCAAACAGCUACAACCCAAGACUCUUUCAGACCUGACUCUGAAUCCGGAUACCGAACGAAACUGCUUUGAAUACGACAAAGAGAUAAAGUAAAUUGAUAUGCUUGUCACGUGGCUAUGCACAUCAGGACGAUCACUCCUGUCGUGACAAAGACGGACAGGCUGCCUUAAAAUACCCUUCCCGCUGCGAGUACCACAAUUUGCCGCUGCCAUGUCUUCGUCGAGCCGCGACCCGAAGAGGAAGAACGAGGACCGAGACGAGAAGCCUAUUUCACCACCCCCUGUCAAACGUAAGGUUCAGUCUACAACUACGAAAGCUGCCGUCUCCUCGUUCUUCAAACCAACCUCCCAGAAGCCACCAGAGCCAUUAACAUGGUCGGAAAGGGCCGUCAACGAAGACACCCGAACUUCUCUCAUCGUCGGCAAAUACGUCCCUCUAAGCACAUCCACCGAGCCAAACGAUGCCGCCCCCGCCGCCCCCGCCGCUCCCAAGAAGACGAGGAUUGCUGCCUUCGACUUGGACUGGACCCUCGUCAAGUCCGCCUCCGGCAAGAAGUUCGUCUAUGACGCCGGGGACUGGAAGUGGUGGCAUCCCAGCGUGCCCAAGAUGAUGAAAAGGCUGCACCAAGAUCAAGAAUUCAACAUCGUCAUCAUCAGCAACCAGGGCGCCAUCCAGUUGCACCCCGAACGCAAAGCCCCGACAGCAGUUAGGGGUCGUCUGGAUUCCUGGAAGGGUAAGAUUGCGUCUAUUCUGCGACAAUUGGAUAUCCCAGUCACGCUAUAUGCCGCUACGCAGUUUGAUAACUACAGGAAGCCGCGGACGGGGAUGUGGGAUGAGAUCCUGAAGGACUUGGACCUCACCCCCGAAACCGUCCACAUGAAGGAAUCAUUUGUCGUCGGCGAUGCCGCAGGCCGCAUCGCCGUGCCUGGAUUCGAUCAAGACUUUUCGGCUUCUGACCGCGGUUUCGCUCAUAACAUAGGAAUCCUAUUCCUCACCCCCGAAGAGUACUUCCUGAACGAGGCACCACGGGAGUUCAUCCGCUCCUUCGAGCCAGCGAAUUACAUCAACACAGCUCCUGCCAAUGAUGAUACCGAGGACCCCCCCUUCGUGCCGUCGAGCGAGCAAGAGAUUGUCCUCUUCGUCGGCUCCCCCGGCUCCGGCAAAACGACCUUCUAUCUCCGCCACCUCAACCCCGCCUACACGCGCAUCAACCAAGACCGUCUCAAAACGCGGGAUAAAUGCCUCACAGUCGCGCGCACGCGUCUCGAAGAGGGGGUCUCGGUGGUGAUUGACAAUACGAAUCCUGAUGAGGCGACGAGGAAAUACUGGGUUGAUCUGGCGAGGGAGUUUGGGGUGGAGAUUAGGUGUGUGCAUUUUGUGACGGAGGGGGGGGUUUGUAGACAUAAUGAUGUUGUGAGGGCGCUGAAUAGGGAGAUGAACCCGGAAAAACGCACUAUCCUUCCCAAUAUCGCGUUUGCGUCGUUCAACUCCAAAUACGGCCCCCCGUCGCUACAAGAGGGGUUCAAGGAGAUUACGGAGGUGAAAUUUCGGUUCCACGGCACGGACGAGGAGAAGAAGAUCUGGACGCGAUAUUGGACAUAGUACUUGUUGUCUUCUUGGUUGGCGCGUGGGGGGGAAGAAGAAGCCGCAGGGGCUCGUGGUGGAGGGAUGGUAGGAAGGGGGCUUCGUAGGUGGCAUUCAUAUUUUCCAAGGCGCGUUGGUUGUUUGUCAGUAGUAGCGGUGUAUAUAUCCCCCUCAGAUCUACCUACUGAUACCUCAAUGGCCGCCGUCCUCCUGACGUCGCGCCAUCACCCCCCAUCCCGUCGCCCCAUCAACCACAAAACCAAACCCCUCCUUCCGUUCCCGUCGAAUCCAGCAAACACGACUCAGAAUCCCCAACCCCCCCGCAAGACUCCCAUCAACUUUCCCAUCCCCCCAAGAACUUUCCCAUCCCCCCAAGAACUUUCCCAUCCCCCCAAGAACUUUCCCAU